AUGGUGCUCAGGCCCACAACUGCAGCGUUUCUGAGCACGGAUAUGACUGUCACAGCCUGGAAGACCAACCUCACAACAACCAAUGAAAUUGAUCAGGCCAUUUAUCAACAUUACACAGAGUUCAUAAUCCUGCAAUUACUGACAAUCAUCGUGGCACUGGUGGGGCUGGCAGGCAACGCGGUGGUGCUCUGGCUGCUGGGCUUCCGCAUGCGCAGGAACGCCUUCUCUGUCUACAUCCUCAACCUGGCGGGGGCCGACUUCCUCUUCCUCUGCUACCGAUUUAUACAUAGUCUAGUUUUUCUUUUCGACUUCAAAAUUUUCUUUAGAGUAACGAACAGAUUUCUCUUGCCUAUAUCAACCUUUGCCUACAUCUCAGGCCUGAGUUUUCUCAGCGCCAUCAGCACAGAGCGCUGCCUGUCUGUCCUGUGGCCCAUCUGGUACCGCUGUCGCCGCCCCAGACACAUGUCAGCCAUAAUGUGUGCCCUGCUCUGGGUCCUGUCCCUGCUUCUGAUCUUCUUGAGAGAGAUCUACUGUGGCUUCCUGAGUUGGAUUGUGCAUUAUUUUUGGUGUUCAGAGUUGGAUUUCAUCACUGUGGCAUGGCUGAUUUUAUUGUUUGUGCUUCUCUCUGCGUCCAGCCUGGCCCUGAUGACCAGACUGCUGUGUGGCUCCCAUCGGGUGCCGCCCACCAGGCUCUACAUAACCGUUGUGAUCACGGUGCUGGUAUUCCUCCUCUGCGGCCUGCCCUUCGGCAUCUACUGGUUCCUCAUAGUCUGGUUUCCAAAUAAAUUUAGUGCCCUCUUUCAUGUUUUCAUGACGGUAGUACUUCUGUCCUGUAUCAACAGCUGUGCCAACCCCAUCAUUUACUUCUUCGUUGGCUCCUUCAGGCAGCGAUGGUGGAAACAGAGACACACCCUGAGGCUGGUUCUCCAGAGGGCUCUUCAGGACACUCCUGAGGUGGAUGAACCUGGAGAAAGCCUUCCUAGGGAAACCCUGGACAUGUCGGGAAGCAGUCUGGGGCAGGGAUGA